GAUUUCAAACUUCACAUCAUAUCACGGACAUCGACGAUGACAAUAGUCUUCGGCCCUUGAGACAAGCAAGUGGCUGUGUGGGGGGACAAGAUUUUUCAACUCACGGGGAGAGCAAGUUCUCAGUUGUUAUGGAUCACCCUCUUUCUUGGCUGGUUUGUUUAUAUGUAGUUGUGUGUACCCUGGUAAUAUAUGGGUGUUCAGUAACCUACGGUAUAAUCUUCCCAUCGAUUUUAGAAGAAUUCCAAGCUAGCAGAGCCGUUACAGCGUUCCCAGGAGCCAUUGCCCUCGCCUUUUCUGGGAUGUUUGGACCUUUCGGCGGCCAUCUUACCGACCGCUAUGGAUGCCGGGUAGUAUUCAUGAGCAGUAGCCUAAUUACCAUAAUAGGGCUCGUCUCAUCCUCGUUCGUGCCUAACAUCGUCUUGCUUUACUUCACGUAUGGUUUCAUGAACGGAAUAGGAAGUAAUCUCAUUUACAUAAGCUCCAUGAUGGUGCCAGCCCUCUACUUCAAACGCAGGCGCAUGCUUGCCACAGCUAUCGUCUCCACUGGCCCAGGAGCGAGCCUUUUUAUCAUGAGCCCUAUUGUGGAAGCUAUUCAUAAAGUUUUGGAUUGGCGCAAGACACUACUAUGCUUAGCUGGCCUGUGUCUCGUUCCCUGCCUGGGUGGCUGGGCCUUGAGAGAAAAGAAUAAGAAAGUAGAGCAGACCAUUGCGCAAAGGGGGUCCUCAGAGCGCAGAUGCCGGUCCUCGUGUGAUUGUUCGGUUCUGAGGAAUCCCAUGUUUGUGCUAUGCACAGCGAUGACGUCACUAGCAGUCCUUGGUCACUGUAUGCCUAUAGUACAUUUGGCCAAACAUUGCGCGGAGCUGGGCAUAUCAAGUGACCUGUCGUCCUGGCUGUACUUCGCCAUCGGUCUCUCGUCCUUGAUUGCACGGAUGUGCUGUGGCAAGCUUGCCGGGACGGGCUGGAUCUCUUUGCCUCGACUCUUCCAGUUUGGAGUCUUCGGACUAGCGCUAGGCAAUCUACUGUUGCCACUAGCAACAGACUUCCCAUAUUUGGUCAUGUAUAGCGUCUCGUAUGGGUUUGGAGAGGGGUUCUUUUUCACGCCCAUUUAUUGCAUUAUUCUUGAGUCUUUACCGACGGAGCGUCGCGGGCUUGAUUUUGGGAUAUUCCUGUUGUUUAUCUCUAUGCCCUAUGUAUUUGGACCAUCUCUUUCAGGUUUAAUCGCAGAUGUGAGCGGGACUGGGUACACAAACUCGUUCUACACGGCAGGGGCGAUAGAGGUCGUCGCUGGAUGUGUGCCUUUUCUCAUUCCAUUCAUGCCUGUCACGCGUAGGAACAUGAUAUAACAAUGUAUUUUACAUAGACUAUAUAUAUUAAAUAUUCUUACAAGUAUAGUUCUAGACUUAAGGAAAAAAUAAAGACUAAUAAAUUAACUUAAAACGCUACAUUAUAACACACACACUCGCCGGCAGUCCAUCAAUAAAUCUUGCAAACACAUUUUGAGUCACGUCUUUGUUAGUAUUUACGAGAUCUGGGUUACACAAUUCAGCUCCAUGUUUUGAUAUUGACUUAGGGAUAUUGCCCUAAACUUCUCGUUCUUGACUUUCAACGACUCAUCUUUGACAUACUCUCUGCGCAGACCGACUGGCUUAAUCAAAUCAGAGUCCAGUAUUUAUGAUAAAUAAAUAAAAGAGUUCACAAGUCCGGUAACAUAAGAGUUUGUAGAACCUAUUGUUCGUUUUCUAGAAUUUCUAAAUUGUUCUUGAAAAAUAUGCACAACUAUUUAACCUAUCAAAACAUCAUCUUCAAAUAUUGUGUGCCUUUUCUUAUUCCAUUCAUGCCCACUGCUAGCCGCAAAGAGGAAAUAACUGUCAAUGAGGAACUUAUCGUCUAUGAAAAGGAGUCUGUUGUAUGACGAAUUUCUGUCACAAUUUCUAUUCACUAGUCACAAUAAGAAAAUAUAUACGCUUUUGUUAUUAAAAUUAAAUAAAUAAAUAUGUUGGGCCUCUUGCCAGCACUUUCAUGACUUC